GUUGCCAUCACAGUCACCUCAGGACCUCAAUUUGCAGGAGCUAUUCAAAUGCUGGCCUGCACAGUCCUUCGUCCAAGGACACUUAAUUUCAAUCGCUUGCUCCAUUCAUCCUCCCGUAUCAACAGGCAAUUAUUUGAUGCAUCCACUGUUGAGCGUGUCUCGGAGGAUGUGGACGUCUGCAUCGUCGGAGCUGGCCCUGCUGGCCUUAGCACCGCGAUUCGACUAAAGCAGUUGGAACAGAAAUUAGGAAAAGAAUUAAGGGUCGUUGUACUGGAAAAGGGUGCCGAAGUAGGCUCCCAUAUUCUCUCCGGAGCUGUCAUCGAGCCUCGAGCACUCGACGAGCUCCUGCCAGAUUGGGCCCUCCGCGAUGACCACCCACUCACGCAGUCAGCAACAUCCUCUCACAUGCGGUUUCUCACAAAGUCGCUCUCGAUACCUAUACCCCAUCCCCCUCAAAUGUCAAACCAAGGCAAUUACAUCGUCUCGCUCUCUCGUUUCGCUGCGUGGCUCGGGAACAUCGCGGAGGAAAUGGGUGUCGAGGUUUACCCUGGGUUCGCCGGCGCAGGCGUGGUUUACGCAGAUGAUGGAAGCGUUGCUGGUGUCAGGACGAAUGAAGUUGGUCUAGACAAAAUAGGAUGCAUGAAAGAAUCUUUUGAGCCUGGAAUGGAGUUUCGUGCCAAAGUUACCCUUAUCGCGGAGGGCGCACACGGCUCCAUCGCCAAGGAACUCAUUCAAAAUUUCGAUCUUCGCCAAAAUUCCGAUCCACAAACAUAUGGUAUUGGCCUCAAAGAAGUUUGGCGCGUGGAUCCGACCCAAUAUCGACCUGGUGAAGUCGUUCAUACCAUGGGCUGGCCCCUUGACUUCAGGACAUACGGCGGUGGUUGGGUUUACCACAUGGCUGAUGGGCUCGUCAGCUUGGGCCUUGUAAUUGGACUCGACUAUGCCAACCCAUAUUUGAGUCCUUAUAAAGAAUUUCAGCGCAUGAAACACCAUCCAUAUUUCGCGCAGCUUCUGUCUGGGAACUCCACAAGGAUAGCAUAUGGUGCACGUUCGCUCAACGAAGGCGGCCUUCAAUCCGUGCCUCAGCUUCACUUCCCUGGUGGUGCCCUGGUUGGUUGCUCGGCUGGUUUCGUCAAUAUCGCAAAAAUUAAAGGCACCCAUAAUGCGAUGAAGAGCGGUAUGUUGGCUGCCGAAGCAGCAGUAGCAGUUCUAUCUCAGGACUCUAGCAGUGGACCCGCAGACAUGUCACAGUACGAAACCGCACUGAAGAAUAGUUGGGUUUGGUCAGACCUCAACGAGGUUCGUAACUUGCGUGAAAGCUUCCACACUCCCUUGGGUAUCUGGGGAGGUAUCAUGUACUCUGGCGUCGAUUCUCUCCUUCUUAAAGGACGCACGCCUUGGACUUUCCGCAAUCGAGCAAGAUUGACGGAUGCACAGCACACUCAACCCGCGUACCGAUUCCAUCCUAUCAACUAUCCUCCCCCGCAGCCCCCGUUGUCGACAGAUUUGCUAACUUCGUUGACUUUAACCGGCACGAACCAUGCAGAAGACCAGCCUGUGCAUCUACGUGUGCGCAAAGACGGCGGUGAAGACAACGCCCUUCGAAAGUUGCACGUGCAGCGCAACGUGAGCGAGUAUGCUGGGUUGUUGCAGCGGGCUUGCCCUGCUGGCGUUUACGAAUAUGUCGAAGAUGAGACUGCAGUAGAUGGGUGGAAUGGACAUAAACUAGUAAUAAACUCUCAGAACUGUAUCCACUGCAAGUUAUGUGAUAUUAAGGUCCCCACACAGGAUAUCACAUGGACAGUCCCCGAGGGCGGUGGAGGUCCAAAAUACACCAUUACUUGAUGGUAUGAUAGUGCAGUACUUGUACUUGUAGCUAUAGCUCUAAUUUGUGAUGUAGUUACAUCUGAGUGCGUACCGAGUCACAAGUACGUUUUUGGUAAUUUUAGGUCACCGCUUUGGAAAGCACGAUAA